ACUCUCCAUUUUUGUGCUCCAACCAGCCACCACGCCCAAUUGCCCGAUCAAUCUAUCUGCGAGCGCUGCUGUGCUGUUCAGAGAGCUAGCAAAAUGAGUAAAGGAUGCCCAUGUAAAAGUGCGUCCGACCUAAGUAGUAAUUGCGCUUAUUGUCCUCCGGGCAAGGUUCCAUAUGUUCAAAAUGAAAAUGUGAGCCAAGACCAAACCUAUGGCGAUUCUGGAAGCUAUCAAAAUUACAAUCAAUACAACAACCCACCCUAUAAUAACAAUAAUCAAUAUAACAAUAACUAUCCUUAUAAUAAUCAAUAUCCAUACAAUAAUCAAUAUCCAUAUAAUAACAAUCAAAAUAACUAUCCAUAUAACAAUCAAAACAAUUAUCCAUAUAAUCAAAACAAUAACUAUCCAUAUGAUAACCAAUAUAACUACAACCCGUAUGGGCCAGGUAGCGAGUACUCCUAUGGCAGCCAGAAGGGCGGGCAGUUUGCAGAGGAGCCUCAAGGAUUUGAACUUAGCGAGGGCGCGGUUUCACUUCUGAAGGCAGUUGCUGUUUUUGGCACCGGUUGUUUAAUCACCAUGAAGAUGACUGGUGUGGCAAACGAGCUGGGAUAAGUGCAAUCAAUGUUUUAAUGAUCGUUUUGUUUUUGUGCCUAAAUGUAUUCUAAUCCAAGGACGAGGACCAUCUCCGAAAAUAAUACACACACGUACGAGUUUAUACACAAAUUUCAA